AUGGGGCCCCAGGAGCAGGGGUCACCUUCCCCCUCUGAAUCGCUCCUCAUUUCUCUCCCCCUCACUGCAAAGCUAGGGUUUGGGGGGCCUCACUGCGCUCUGGUCGUCGUCCUCCGCGCCGCGCCCUCCUCCGGCCUUGACUGCGCGUCGCUCUCCUCCGGCCGGCCGUCCUCUGCUGCGCCCUCAUCCGCCGCUCGGCAUCCUCCGCCACCCCCUCGUCCGGUUAAUCUUACAAUAGACAGCGAACCUAGGGCAAGGACAUACAAGUCUUCAGGAGCUUCUCGGGGAAAUCUAGGCGAUAUGUACAAUUACAAGAGCUACUCAAGCUACUUAAAUGAUGAACCAAUGCCUGAUGCUGCAUCAGAAAAGGAACAGGGUAAUGAGUAUUUCAAACAGAAAAAGUUUACUCAAGCUAUUGAGUGCUACUCAAGAAGUAUUGGACUCUCUCCUACAGCAGUUGCUUUUGCAAAUAGAGCUAUGGCAUAUCUUAAACUAAGAAGAUUUGAAGAGGCAGAAAAUGACUGCACUGAAGCUCUGAAUCUUGAUGACCGUUAUGUUAAAGCAUACUCACGCAGAAUUACUGCAAGAAAAGAACUUGGAAAACUUAAGGAAGCAAUGGAUGAUGCUGAAUUUGCUGUCAGUAUUGAUCCUAACAAUCCAGAGCUCAGGAAGCAGUAUUCUGAGUUAAAAGCAUUACACUUGGAGAAAGUGGCUAAGAGAACUACGCCAACCAAACGUACAGUUUCUGAAUUUGGUGAAUCUGGAGAUAAAAAGGGCACUUCCGAUCUAUCAAGUACUUCUCAGAAGGACAGUUUUAUGGAAGUUGAUCCACCUAGUAGAGUUCCGGUGGAGAUUACAGAAAAAGCAGAUGAUACUUCCAAAGGUGGAUCUGGAGUAGUCUUCAAAGACAGUACCAUGCAGCCAUCUCGAGAUGCUAAACAGAAGCCUGGUCCAGAAGCAUCAAUACAAGAUCUUGCCUCUCGUGCUGCUUCACGGUAUAUGGCCAGCACUGUGAAAAGCGUGAAGACACCAAAGACAGCAUAUGAUUUUGAGGUUUCUUGGAGAGCUCUCUCUGAUGACACUGCCCAGCAAAUACAAUUAUUAAAGUCAAUUCCACCAGCAAGCUUACCAGAGAUUUUCAAGAAUGCACUUUCAGCUGCUUUUCUGAUUGACAUCGUGAAGUGCACAGCCUCAAUUUUCCGGGAGGAUACGAUGUUAGCAGUUAGCAUUUUGGAGAAUUUGGCAAAAGUUCCCCGUUUUGAUUUAAUAAUCAUGUGCCUUUCAUCCAUGCAUAAAUCUGAGUUACGGAAGGUCUGGGAUCAAAUAUUCCUUGCUGAAACUGCACCAGCAGAUCAAGUUGAAGCCCUUGGGAAACUUCGAGCUAAAUAUAUUCAGGAAGGGUGGCAGGAUAACACUUUCACUUCAAGUUAAUGAUGCUGAUGCUAGGACAGCUCGUUAGAAACCUUUUGCACUCUAGCCAAUCGAUACUGUAACUCCUUUUCUUGUAGAAAUGCUAUGCUGAGCUCAGUGAGGGUAGUGAAUUAAUGGCAGAAAGUUAAAAUGUUUUGUCUGAGACAUCUACCGAAGCAUGAGAUUGUGAACCUUUGUUGGCUGGAAAGGUUGCACCUUCACAUUCUUGAUAUACAUGUGUCCUCCGGGUCAAGGCAACUGAGUUCUACUUGUCUUUGUACCCUGAUGUAGCGGAUUCCCUGAUAUUGAUGUCUUGCAACACCUAGUGAAUUCUACAAUUAAUGAGAUUCUAUUGUGUGGUUAAGUCGAUAGAAGGAUAUUAUAUUCGGUUGUAAUUUUGUUAUCCAAAAUUUGCAUGGAUAAGCAUCCGAUCAAACUUUCAAAAAUGUAAAUAUCAAUAUCUUUUUAAAAUUUAAUCAGACAGGGAAGUCCUUUAUAA